AGACAUGACUGACACGGUGGUUGGCAACAGCACUGGCCAGUGGAGGUAUCAGAAUGAGAGGCAGAUGGCCCAUCGAACUGGGGCCUCUGGCAACUGGUCGGUCCACGGGAACCAGCCAGAGCGAGGGUGGAAGAACGACGAGCUGACUGACGAGGAGAAGGAGAUCAUCAACAAUGUCAUCGCUCGAGCUGAGAAGAUGGAGGAAUUGGAGCAGGAGCGCAUAGGGCGACUCAUGAACCGCCUGGAAGACAUGCGCAAGAAUGUGGCGGGCGACGGAGUGAACCGCUGCAUCCUGUGCGGGGAGCAGUUGGGCCACCCGGGGUCUGCCUGCGUGGUGUGUGAAGACUGCAAAAAGAACGUCUGCACCAACUGCGGCAUCCAGACGACCAACAAUCGCCCCCAUUCCAUCUGGCUGUGCAAGAUUUGCAGCGAACAGAGAGAGGUGUGGAAACGCUCCGGGGCCUGGUUCUUCAAAGGCCUGCCGAAGCAAAUGCUCCCGGAACCGAUGGCCAUCAGCAAGAGCAAGCCGGAAACUGUGCCCAGCGAGUCAGCCCCAGCUGCUCCAGAUCCGAAGCCGUACUCACGCCGGCAGACACCCGUCCAAGGUGCAGUUCCUCCUCCUCCCGUCGUGCAGGAAUCUCACGGCAAUGAGCCAACAGCAGCUGCAUCCAGUCGGGGAAAUUAUCCACAAGUUAACCGCAAACCUUCCCAGGCUAGAAUGGCACCUAGUGGCAGCGAAUACACCGGCGAGGGGGCCGAAAGCCGAGGCUACUCUGGAGAGACCGAAGCCACCAGAAGCCCUGGAGGUGUAAAACGGGCCAAUGUUGUCCAAGCUGCCGGUGCCAGGCUGCCGCCUCCAGCUUCGAAUCAGAGUGGAUCUGCCCAGCUGGCAGACCAAGGCGGUCUCUCAAUGGCUUCACCCCAAGUCGAUCCCGCCUACGCCCCUUCCGGAGCCUCCUGGGAUGACAGAGCAAGUCCUGGGUAUUCCGCCCCCGCAGCCAGAGAGGAGAGGCCCAUGAGGCAGGCGCCCCCCUACAGCCAAGCCGCCAUGCCACCUGCUGCCCCAGCACCCUCCCGACAGCCUCCUCAAGAGGAGGAGGAGGAAGACGAGGCCAACAGCUAUGACUCCGAUGAAGCAACCACUUUGGGAUCUUUGGAAUUCAGCCUCUUGUACAGCCCGGAGAACAGCUCUUUGCACUGCACCAUCAUCAAGGCGAAAGGACUGAAGCCGAUGGACUCUAACGGGCUGGCUGAUCCUUACGUCAAGCUGCAUCUUUUGCCGGGCGCCAGCAAGUCCAACAAACUGAGGACCAAGACCCUGAGGAACACCCGGAACCCCGUAUGGAACGAGACGCUAGUGUAUCACGGCAUCACAGAGGAAGACAUGCAACGGAAAACACUAAGGAUUUCAGUGUGUGACGAGGACAAAUUUGGCCACAAUGAAUUCAUCGGUGAGUCAAGGCUGGCUCUGAAGAAGGUGAAGCCCAACCAGAAGAAGAACCUCAGCAUCUGUCUGGAAAGAGUCAUACCGAUGAAGCGUGCAGGGACGACUGGCUCCUCACGAGGAAUGGCCUUGUAUGAAGAUGAGAUGGAUCCGGGGAACAACGUGGAGGAGCGGGGGAAGAUCUUGGUGUCCCUCAUGUACAGUACCCAGAAAGGAGGGCUCAUUGUGGGCAUUGUGCGCUGUGUCCACUUAGCAGCUAUGGAUGCCAAUGGCUACUCAGACCCGUUUGUUAAAAUUUUCUUGAAGCCCGACAUGGGGAAGAAAGCCAAGCAGAAGACGCAGAUCAAGAAGAAGACUUUGAACCCCGAGUUUAAUGAGGAGUUUUUCUAUGAUAUCAAGCACAGCGACCUCGCCAAGAAACAGCUCGAUAUCUCGGUUUGGGAUUAUGACAUUGGCAAGUCCAACGAUUACAUUGGCGGGUGCCAGCUGGGCAUCACAGCCAAAGGCGAACGCUUGAAACACUGGUAUGAGUGUCUGAAGAACAAGGAUAAGAAAAUAGAGCGCUGGCACGCCUUACAGAACGAGAACCACGUAUCCAGCGAUUAGAAGGCUCCCCUCGCACCCACCCUCCUCCGCCAACCCCACAGUAGAUUUCCGACAUCU